AAAAGCGGCUGCCAGGGCGUGUAUCAGAUCCUAUGGCUCCCAGUCUUCACUGUUCUGAAUGUAGCUGCUACCUGUAACUGAAGGAGGCGUAAAACCCGGUGGAUGCAGGAUGUAAGGACCACCAGCUACAACAACAAGCCUUCGGGUAUAUUUGAGAAAGGACCAUCAUUUUUUUUUCUGUCUUGAGGCAGCAUCAUACUUGAAAUCGCGUCUACUCCCUUUGGAGGACACUUCCUCUUCUUCUCUUCAAAACCAACCUGAAAGAGACGCGACUGUCUGGACUCCAAGGGGGACUGGGGUCUCUUUAGUUAUCAUAGGACCACAACUUGGCCACAAACUACAACAUGCGAUCACCGGAGUGGAAAUGCGGAGUCUUCUCUUAGGGGGAUUCAGUGAACUGGCAGCGCUUUAAAAUAUGACAGGUCAGGCCCUGGGGAAACCAGGCCGCGGGGCUCACAUGGAUGACAACGCCGCCAUCCGCAUCAACGUGGGCGGCUUCAAGAAGCGUCUCCAGUCCGACACGCUCUCCAGGUUCCCCGAGACGAGGCUUGCGCGCUUACUCCACUGCCAGUCCAAAGAGUCCAUCCUGGAGCUGUGCGACGACUACGACGACACAGAGAAGGAGUUUUACUUCGACAGGAACCCGGCGCUCUUCCCCUACGUGUUGAAUUUCUACAACACGGGGAGGCUGCACGUCAUGGCGGAGCUGUGCAUCUUCUCCUUCAGCCAGGAGAUCGAGUACUGGGGCAUCAACGAGUUCUUUAUUGACUCCUGUUGUAGCAGCGCCUACCACUGUAGGAAAAUGGACCAGGACCGGGAGGACUGGGAAGACAGGAGCGAUGAAGGAAGCACCACAUCAUCUUUUGACGAACUGUUGGAGUUUUACAGCGACGCCACCAAGUUUGACAAGCAGCUGCUCGGGAGCGCACGGAGGCGCGUGUGGUUAAUGCUGGAUAACCCCGGCUAUUCUGUGGCCAGCCGCAUCAUCAGCAUCCUCUCCAUACUGGUAGUGCUUGGCUCCAUCGCCACUAUGUGCAUGAACAGCAUGAGCGAAUUCAGCCUGUUGGACAGCGAGGGACAGCCCACAGAGGAUCCGCGUUUUGAGACUGUGGAGCACUUUGGCAUCGGCUGGUUCACUCUGGAGCUGAUCGCCAGGUUCAUGGUGGCGCCGGAUCUUCUGCAUUUCUUUGAGCACCCGUUAAAUAUAAUCGACUUAGUGUCCAUACUUCCGUUUUACCUGACUCUCCUCAUAAACCUGGUUGUGGAGAGCAGCCCGGCUCUGGCCAACCUUGGACGUGUUGCACAAGUGCUGAGGCUGAUGAGGAUUUUCCGCAUCCUGAAGCUCGCGCGCCACUCCACGGGGCUGCGCUCCCUGGGGGCCACCCUCAGGAACAGCUACAAAGAAGUGGGCCUGCUGCUUCUCUACUUGGCUGUCGGGGUGUCGUUUUUCUCCGUCAUGGCUUACACAGUGGAGAAAGAGGACAGCGAUGAUCUUUCCACCAUCCCGGCGUGCUGGUGGUGGGCCACUGUCAGCAUGACCACCGUCGGGUAUGGAGAUGUGGUACCGGUGUCCAUAGCGGGCAAGCUGACCGCGUCGGCGUGCAUCCUGGCCGGGAUUUUAGUAGUUGUGCUUCCGAUCACGCUCAUUUUCAAUAAAUUCUCUCUUUUCUACAAGAGACAAAAACAGCUGGAGAUCGCCAUGAGAAGCUGUGAUUUCGACGAGGGGAUAAAAGAGGUGCCCUCGGUCAACCUGAGGAACUAUUACGCACACAAAGUCAAAUCCCUCAUGGCGAGCUUGUCAAACAUGAGCCGGAGUUCACCCAGUGAACACAGUCUGAAUGAAUCCAUACACUGAAGAAGUUAAAUGAAGGACACCCGGUCAGCUUUGGGUGACAUUUACAUUCAAUGUGGCUGCAUGGGGAGCUGUCCAGGGUGCUGAAAGCUUUGGCUCAACAGCCCACUUCCUCCCACUGAUGUCUGACUGUUUGCCUCUCUGUAGCUCAGUGCAAUAAUGUGUUAAUCUGUGUGUCAGUCACAAUGAGAAAGUAAGUAAAUGUACACGACAGCCUGACUAUGAUAUUUCACUGUGCAUUAUUAUGGCCCCUUCACCAAAUAGGCCAAU